UAUUUCGAUUUCUUGCCGGGAAUUGAAGGUCUAGAGGGUGUUGAUGGCGUUCCGGUGGAUUUGAAAGUAUCAGUGGUGGUGGUGGUGGUGUGCAUAAUUGUUGGCGAUGUUGAGGGCGGAGUCGAAGCGUUUGUGGAAACGGAGUUCGUCUUCGAUUUCUUUCUGGGUGCGUUUGUGGCGGAUGAAUUUCUCGGCGUUGGCGUUGUUCCACCGGGAAAAGCGGAUUUCGGUGGCGGGACGGUAGUGCCUAUUGUUGUGUGGUGGAUUGGGUGGAGCAAAAACUGGGAAUUGAAUUAUGGUUUUCAGGGCCAUUUUUGGGAGGGUUUCAGGCUCAACAUGGAGAUUGAAAUUGGUGCUUGUGCCGUGAAGAGUGACUCUAGUAGUAUGCGACCUCCAGAAUCUCUAGUCUGUGGUUAG